CAUGAAGAUCUCAAUUCUCAAGUGUUGCAACAAUUUGACACACAUCAUGUGUGCAAUAACAAUACCUAUCCACCGUCUCACACCAAACCAAUUGAUUCUGACCUUAAAUUACCCAGAAAAAACCUCCCAUUAUCUCCAAAACAAAGAAGAAAGAAAACUAAAUCUCCUAGAGAAAAUGGCUUCUUCUACUCUCUUUAUCACUCUUCUGAUCUCCUUGUUGUCACCAUUCUUUCUCCGACUGGUUGUUGCUCAAGUACCAUCUACAUGUGCCUCCAGGCUGCUUUCCUUAGCUCCAUGUGGUCCAUUCGUUCAAGGCUUUGUCCAGCUUCCGGCUCAGCCUUGUUGUGACAGCUUAAACCAGAUCUAUAGCCAAGAAGCAAACUGUCUCUGUCUCUUCCUCAACAACACAUCUACUUUAUCCCCUGCUUUUCCUAUCAAUCAGACUCUUGCUCUACAAUUGCCUCCACUUUGCAACAUUCCAGCCAAUUCAUCUUCUUGCUCCUCCUCGUCCUCCACCGCCCCUGGAGGGGUGCCUAGUGAUUCCUCCUCUGUUGCACCACCACCUUCCUCGUCUGUUGCUCCACCACCUUCUAGCUCAAAUGGUUCUCGGGUCGCAGCGACUCCAGUGGCUCAAAUGGACCCAAGACCCACCAGUUUCAUGGGAUUAGGCUAUGGUUUAAAAUCCUCUGGCUCCAAGUCCGAGACUCAGCUAAUCAUCCUUGCACUUGCUGCGGUUCUACCAGCCACUCUCCUCCUCAACUGAGUCCGUCUGCAUUAAACUACCAUCUCGUAUUAAGUUACUCUCUCCUGUUGUGUUUUCUCUAUGAAUUAACAUCAACUUUAUUGCUCUACGUUAUUGGUAUGUUUCCUAAAGAAGUAAGCAGUUCUUGAAAUGAAAUCACAAAAGCAGAACAAUGAAGAACAAAUACUCUUCCUUUUAACUUUUAAAUCUGUAACAUUAUAAACACAACCAAACAAGAUCAACUUGGAAUAUGGCUUUUUUAAAAACACCCCCAAAAAGCAAAAAAAGGUUCAGUCUUUAUAAAUCUUUCUCUAAA